CGACGUGGCGCGAUCUGAUUGGUCCACGUGUCGCGAUCUGAUUGGUCCACGUGUGCUAGUCGUUGCAACUAGCUGUUUUUGACCGUUUGGAGUCCAAAAAAUUCGAAAAAAAUUGCAAAAAAUCACAAAUUUCAUCCCCAAUCCCUCUAUAUAUACCCCUACCCGGAUGGAGCUCAUUCCACACACCAUUCCAUCUCAUUUUUCUCUUCCAAACUCCCCUUUCUUCGCACAAUGUCGGGUUGGUCCCCAUAUUUGAACACCUUCACGGAUCUCUUGCAGUCCGAUGGGUCACCUACAACCCUUCCGUUAGAUGAGUCUUCUUCACUACAUCGUCGCUCCGAUGUUUCAGCCUCACUCCCCCGUGCACUAUUUCCGGCUGCGCGUCCACCACCAUACCCUUAUCCCUAUCAUUUGUAUCAAUAUCCACCGUCUUCAUAUGGUCAACCUCCAACUUCCCAAGCCGGAAUUCAAGCCUCAUUCCCGGUACGUCCGUAUGCCCCUCCCCCACCUGCUGCGGACGGAAGUCAAGCUUCUUUCCAGAUACCUCCAUACGCCCCUCCUCCAUAUGCUCCACCUCCGUAUGGAGUACCUCCUUAUGCUCCAUAUGCUCCACCUCCGUAUGGAGCACCUCAUCCAUAUGCUCCACCUACGUAUGGAGCACCUCCUCCAGUUGCACCUUUAUCUGUUGGAUCUGAAAACCAAGCUGAGGAAAAUCCCGUGCCGAAGGAAAAGCGUCCAAAGAGGCUAGAGUGGACGAAGGAAGACGGGGAAAAUCUGGUUAAUGCUUGGUUUAUGCAUUCUAAUGAUCCCAUCUCCGGCAACAAUAAGAGCGGAUCAAGUUUCUGGGGCCAAAUAGCGGCAACAUAUAACUCCACCUCCGACCCUAUCCGUCAUCGAACCGCCAAGCAACUUAAAGAUCAUUGGGUCACCUACAACCGGGAGGUGACCAAGUUCAAUGGAUUCUACCUCCAAGAAGAAAGGUUGCGUCAGAGCGGAGCUGACGAUGCAAUGAUCAACAAGUGAAGCAUUCAAAAUGAAGAACUUGUGGGGUGGAUUAGUGAAGGCCAAGCUUUUGAAGCAACGGAACAUCCUAAAGGGCCGAUCAACCAGAGAUAUGGACCCAGCUGAAAGGCGUACCCAUGGCAGGGCCGUAAAGAUGGUCGAAAAAGAACUUGGUCUGCUAGAUGACGAAGAAGAGGAACCGGAAGCGGAACGUGAAGAGGAGGAAGAUGAGGAUGAGAUCGAGGAGUCCGAUUAGAGUUAUGUAAUUUUAUUUUAAUUAUCAUGUCAUUUUAUUAUAAUUAUUAUGUACUUUGUAAUUUUUAAUUCAAUAAAAAAUAUUAUGUUGUGUGUUUUCUGAGCGUUAAAAUAAAUCCGCGUGAAUU